ACACAACCUUGACUUCACUUCCCAUCCACCUCUCAUCCUUCCGCCUCGCUCCUUACCAUGCCCGGCUGAGUCUCGCAUGGUGUUGACAAUGCAACAUGGCUGCCUCUCGGAGGAGUCUCGGCGGCGGGCGGGUCUUGGGGACCGGGAAGAACAUCGCCCCCCCUCCCACCUCUCCAUCGCCGCUCGCUCCGGGCAAGACGAUUGUCCGCAAUGCUGACCUGCUGUCGCCGUCGGAAAGCUCGCUUUCCCUCGACAGCCAGACCUCGAGCACGCCCGUCUCGGCAGACAAUGAAGACAUUACAUCACGAGUCGCCCUCCACGCCCAUGGAUCCGCACAGGCCGGUGCUGCCUCGGGCUCGAAGAUGGUGUGCCCGAUAUGCAAUGAAGAGAUGCUCACCCUUCUUCAAUUAAACAGACAUAUCGAUGACAACCACGCGAAUCUGGAGGCGGUAGAGCAAGAGGAGGUCAAGGAUUGGUUUGAACAACAGAUGAAAAAGGCCAAGAAGUUCCAGCCCCUGCAGUUCAUCAACCAGAAGCUCCGCGGGAUGGAGGCUUUUGAAUCCAACAACGAUGCUGCUCCCCGCCCGCCGCUCUCGAACGUGCAAACCCCGCCAAGAUACGAUAGUCGUGGCGCUUCACCGGCUCCUUUACCCCCGCGACCCUCUACCCCGUCCACCGACCCAGACGACAUUAUCAAACGGUCACAUUGGCAACGCUCCACCGGCUACGAUGCAUGCAGCGACCCAAUGUGCGGCAAGCGGCUGGGAGCGGCCAACGGCCAAAUCAAUUGCAGACACUGUGGCAAGCUCUUCUGCGAGGAGCAUACCAUGUAUCAAAUGAGGCUCUCCCGCGCCGCCAUUCAUGAGCCCGUCCGAGGCUUGUGGUAUCGGGUGUGCGAGACCUGCUUCAAAACUCGCGACGGCUACAAUGAUAAGACGGGCUUGGAGCGGAGUCACUUCGAAUACUUCAAGGCAACACGACGGAAGAUGGUGGACGAAAAAUACUUGGAGACCAGCCGCCUCGAGACACGGUUGACACGCCUGACCCAGUUGCUCGCUAACCCGCCUCCCCCCGAUCAGCAACAGCGGAGCAUCUGGUCCUCCAUCGCCGGCGACCGAGAUCAUAUCAGGAAUCUGGAGCAAUCUGUUGUCUCAUGGCAAGACGAUGCGCACGUCGUAGAGUGCCCCUUCUGCCAACAACCCUUCUCCCAGUACGCCCUACGGCGGCACCACUGCAGGACCUGCGGUCGCGUUGUAUGCAGUGACCCUGCCACCGCCUGCUCCACCGAGGUUGGACUGGACGUCGACAAACCCUCUAACACAGUGUCGGAGAAAGGACCGAGCGGCAAAGUUGCUCUCAGUAUACGAAUGUGCAAAGACUGCCAGCGCACGAUAUUCAGCAAGGCCGACUUCGCUCGGGAAGUGGCUGCACAGACCCCCGACCAACGGGCGUACCAGAAUCUGGUUCAGUUCGAACAAGGCAUACGCCUGAUGCUUCCCAAAUUUCAGCGUCUACUCCCCACCCUCCAAGACCCCGAGAAGCCUCCCACCCCCGCCCAGCUCGCCGAAGCAAGUAAAGUGCGCAAGCGGCUCACAGAUGCCUUCACUCAAUACAACACAGCGGCGCGACGGAUCCGAGACCUGCCGACGGACAGUCCGACCCAAGCCCGAUUGCAGAAGGCCAUCUAUCAGCAGGCCUCAAGCUUUCUCCACGUACACAUGCUGACCUUGAAGGCCAUUCCGAAGAUCCUCGGUCACGCCACUCCAAAUGCCAGGCCGCAAAGUGCUCUCUCAUCCAUCAAGAACAGUGAUGCGAUGAACGGCGAGGGUUCAAGAUCAGGCAGUCGCAAUGGCAGCGUUGACUUGGUUGCGGUGACGGCCUUGGAAGCGGAGGAGAAGGAGCUACGGGAGCGCUUGAUUGUGCUCGAGGAGCAGAAGUUCAUGGUAUCCGAGAUGAUUGCCGAUGCCAACAAGAGGCGGAAGUUUGACGAAGUCAGCAGCUUGGCACAGAAUGUGGACGAUCUCGGUCGAGAGGUGGAUCAGAUACGAACGCGAUUGGGGCAGAUGGAUUUCAAGGGAGCGUACACAGGGGAUGCAACGGUGAAGUGAAGUGAAACGAAGCUGCGGAAAGGGAACUCUUUGGAAGAGCAUCUUCUGUAAGAAUUGAGCUGGCCCAGCCGUUUGGCAGUGCUGGAAAAGGAAUCCUGAAACGUCGAGAGGGCCUGCUCUGCUGUGAAUGGAAAGCAUAUUGGGAGACGAGCUCUGGGAGCAGGCUGACGGAGUUGUAGCUGUGGCCAAUCGGGGACUGGCCGAGUCACAUCUAGUCAUCAGGAUUUGUCGUCAACAGAGAAACUGCACAGACAAGGCGCUUCAUCUAGUCAUGUCAGGCAGGACUGGAGGAGCUCUGCAUGCGGUCCGAGACACCUAUCACUCACGCUGCUCGUCAGUAAUGCUCGUCACACAUCUGGACCUGCUAGCAUGUCAUUUAUAUGCUACAUCGUGCCCUUCAGUCACUUUGCCUGCCCAGAUAUCCGCCCCAAUCCGUCUCCC